GUGUGGAACAAUGGCCGGGUCAGCUGACACCAUUGAGAUGCCGGCUCUGGGCCGCCCGUUCCAGCUGGGGAUGCUGUACGACUGCCGCAAAGACUCGCUCAUCACAGGGAUCAUGCUGUGGGACCCGGAACAGCUUCUCAAGGAUGUAAACACAAAACCACAACCCUGGACUAGCUAUGAGAUCAUUGCAUCCGACACCAUUGAAGACAAGGCCAAUGCCCUCAAUGUCACAGCAUCGCUGAAGGCCAGUUUCCUGGGGGGGUUGGUUGAAGUAAGUGGAUCUGCCAAAUACUUAAAUGACACCAAAAAAUCCAAACAACAGGCCAGAGUUACUCUCCAGUACUCUGCCACAACAAGGUUUGAGCACCUAACUGUGAGACAUUUGGGACCAAAGAAUGUCUCUUAUCCUGCUGUGUUUGACCAAGGCACGGCCACCCAUGUGGUCACGGCUGUGCUGUAUGGGGCUCAGGCUUUCUUCGUGUUUGAUCGGGAAGUUUCUUCUUCUGAGAAUGUACGUGACAUAGAGGGAAAGCUCCAGAUUGUGAUGAAAAAGUUACCCCUGUUUUCCAUAGAAGGGGAAGGAGCUGUCAAAAUGGAUGAAAAGGAAAAAUUAAAUGCUGAAAAUUUUAACUGCAAGUUCCAUGGUGAUUUUGCUCUUGAGAGAAAUCCAACUAAUUUCCAAGAUGCCAUGAAAAUUUAUUCCACCCUCCCCAAGCUGCUGGGUGACAGCGGGGAGAAGGCCGUACCAGUGAGAGUCUGGCUGUACCCGCUGACCAAGCUGGAUUCCAGAGCUGCUCGGCUGGUGAGUGAGAUCAGCUUAACACUGAUUUCUGAUGCUCAGACUGCUAUGGAGGAACUGGCAGAACUAAACAUGCGAUGCAAUGACAUGGUGAAGAAUCCAAUCGCCACAAGCUUCCCCGAAAUCAAGCUGAAAAUCGAGCAAUUCAGAGAUCUGUGUAAGCAACACAGACAGACUUUCCAGAAACAGCUAGCAGGACUCUUGCCAUCUAUCCGUGAAGGUGGAGAAGAGGAAGGGGCCCUGGUGGAUAUUUUAUCAUGUAAAAACCAGUCACUGUUCAAUACCCAGCGACUCAGUGAAUUUCUGGAUACAAAGGAGAAAGAGAUGGAUUAUGUGAAUUCCUACCUUAGGAUCCUAAGCAAUGUAGGAGUUGUGUCCUCUCAGAGUGAACUACGUGAAAUAGUACUCGACCCUGAGCUUGACUUCAUCGUCUCCUUUACAUUCACCUCACUGCAUGAAGAGGAGCCAUAUUUAUCAGAUUUAAAACAAUGGCUUCAGAACCAGUAUAUAAAGGAAACUCAUGAUCCUGCAUCAGCCAGUUCUGUCGCUGAGAAACCAAAAUCCAAACUGUGGUUUGAGGAAAAAGAAAUGUAUCAAAAAGCUCGAAAAUCUGCAAGGUCCCUUUCACAUUUUGUCAGUGUCAACAAAUCUAACGGGAAGACUCGGUUCAUUGUGGCGUCUGUUCCAGACAAGGACAAUCCAGGCACUGCCAUUUACCUGUAUGGAGAUGGAGAGCUGAUCAGCACCAACUUUGAGCCUCCAUCAAAGCCUCUUCCUGCCCUGAUUGGUGGAAUCAAACAUGACCGUGUGCAGCUCACAUUUAACCCAGCAGCCUAUGGCAGGGCUGCGAUAUCCGGCUAUCGGGCAGAGUACAGAAUUGUAGGGCAGGAGAACUGGACAGCUGUGGAUGUAAAUAACACACAAGAGACAUUCACAGUAACAGGGCUACGUGAAAACACCGAGUACCAGUUCCGAUACGCUGCCGUGAGCAAACCAGGGCUCAGCAAGAGCAGCGACAUGAGUGAUCCUGUGAAGACUCUCCCUCCAACCAGCCCUCCUGGGAAGCCUGUAACAGAUACUGUAGAUUCAUCUGCCGUAACUCUCACCUGGGAGAGUCCAAGUGUCAUUGGAGAUGGAAAAACAACAAGGAAUGGGACUGUGAGUCACCCAGGUGAGGAGGUAUCAAUUUCCACAUCAGAAGAAUUAAGGACACUAGCACAAGAUUUCUUCCAGAAGAGCACUCUGAUAGAAACAGGGCAGCCCUCAGUUUAUGCACUUCCAAUAGAGAAGGCAGCGUUCAAUUCUAACGCAAAACAUCCAAAGUAUAGACUGGGGAAAGAGAACCAACAGAUCCCUAACAAAGUCAUUAUGGUGCUGGGAGAAACUGGGUCAGGAAAAACUACACUCAUCAAUGGGAUGAUCAACUAUGUCCUGGGUGUGCAGUGGAAAGAUAAAUUCCGAUUCAAACUAAUCUAUGAAACUACAAACAGAAGCCAAGCUGAGAGCCAGACAUCUGAAGUGACAGCCUAUGAAGUUAGUCACAAAAAGGGUUUCAAAGUCCCCUAUUCCCUGACUAUAAUAGACACCCCGGGAUUUGGCGACCCCAGAGGGAUAGAGCAAGACAAAGCGAUAACAAGGCAGAUUCAAGAGUUUUUCUCCACCCGAGGGGCCAUUGAUCACAUAGACGCCGUCUGCGUCGUAGUUCAGGCCUCACUAGCUCGUUUGACACACUCCCAGAAGUACGUGUUUGACUCUGUGCUCUCUAUCUUUGGGAAGGAUAUAAAAGACAAUAUACAAAUCCUGAUCACCUUCGGCGAUGGACAGACACCCCCUGUUCUAGAGGCCAUUAAAACAGCUGACGUCCCUUGUGCUAAAGAUGCUAAGGGCAACCCUAUUCAUUUCAAAUUCAAUAACUCCACGCUCUUUGCCUGUAAUGCUGGAGCUGACGAGGGCAGUUUUAAUUUUGAUGAAAUGUUCUGGAAAAUGGGAGCCAUGAGCAUGAAGACAUUUUUUGAAUCCUUAGUUAAAUUAGAAACCAGAAGUUUAACUUUAACGCAGGAAGUUCUCAGAGAGCAGAAGGAGCUGGAGACGGCUGUGGAAGGGCUGCAGCCACAAAUCAAAGCCGGUCUGGUGAAGCUAGAGGAGCUAAGACAGACUCAGCGAGCUCUGGAACAGCAUAAGGGUGAUAUGGAGGCCAAUAAAGACUUUGAGUAUGAGGUAGAGAAAACAGUGCCAGUGCAGGAGGACAUCUCUGGUACGGGUGUCUAUAUAACAAACUGCCAGCAGUGUCACUGUACGUGUCACUAUCCCUGUGCAAUCCCUGAUGAUGGUGGUAAGCGCGGGUGUGCGGCUAUAGAUGGGAAUACAGGAUGUUGCACAGUUUGCCCUGGUAAAUGUGACUGGAACGUUCAUUUCAAUCAAAAGUACAAGUGGGGAUAUAAAGUAGUAAAAGUGAAACAGACCUAUGCACAACUGAAAGAAAAGUAUGAGAAGGCGUCUGGAGAGGUGUUAUCGACACAGAGUGUGGUUGAGAAGCUGUCUCAGGAAUACGCUGCAGUGGAAGAGAUAUUAAUGAAUCUCAUUGAUAAAUCAUCUCGCAGCCUCCAGCGUCUGCAAGCAAUUGCUUUGAAACCCAACCCGCUGUCCACUCCGGAAUACAUUGACCUGCUGAUCACGUCGGAACGACAGGAACUAAAGCCCAGGAGCCACUGUCGGGAACAGGGGCCCAGAGCAGGGCUGCGGCUCCUGGAGUUGGGGCGCGGACAGGCCGCCCAGCCUGGCUCCACAGCCAGUUCCCAGGCCGCUGCCUCGGGCCUGCGGCUCCUGCCCUCACACAACCUCCGGCCCCCUCCUGCACCAGGGCCCCGCUGCCCCCUGCAGACCCGGCCUCCCUGUGCCGUGGGUUACGGAGCCCCGGGCGGGCUGGAGGUUGUGCUGCUGGUUACCGGCGCCCAGUAA